AUGCUCUGGACACGGGGCGCUUCUCUGCUGUUGGCGAGUGCGAUCUUCCAAAUCUCCUCAGCCAACUUCUGGGUUUCCCCAUCAGGAAAUGAUUAUGCCGAUGGCCAAAGCGCCAGCACGCCUCUGCAGACCCUGACUGAGGCUCAGAAACGUGUAAGGGGAGUCAACUUGAAUAUGAGCGGCGACCUUCAUGUUUACCUCGAACCAGGUACUUACCAUCUGACCAACCCUCUCGUCUUCACAUCUGAAGACUCCGGCUCCAAUGGGCAUCAAAUUGUGUGGCAGGCUACAGACAUUCCUGCUGGUGUUAAUAUCUCUGGAGGAGUUCCCAUUACAGGAUGGUCAUACUAUGACCAGGGCGCUAACAUCUGGCAGGCUCCAAUCCCCAAAGGAGCAAAGUCUCGGCACUUCUAUGUCAACCAGCAACACGCCGUACGCUCGUCGUACAACCUCUCUCGUAGCUCCUUGAGUCUCAUGGAGGAAGGCUUCAACAUUACUGACCCUAGCGUCCAGUUCCUUGCACGCGCUCCAGGAAUCGAGAAGGCUGAACUCCGCAGCCGAGGAUCCUGGACCGACCGAUAUAUUCCGAUUCAAUCUGUGGUUGGCACAUACUUGAAGAUGCACAAUCCUGCAUUCAACAAUAACAUCAUUGGAUACGACACAUUCAUCAGUCCCUCCGGMACCUAUGGUGCGCUAUGGAUCCAAAACCUCCUCAGCAUUCUCAACGAAGUCAAUGAGUACUACAUGGACGAGGAUAAGUCCAUUAUUUACUACAAGCCGGCCGACGGCGUCGACAUGAAUAAACAAUACUGUAUCCUGCCAAGCCUUGAGGUUCUGCUGAUCGUGGCGGGCAGGUCGUACGAAAAUCCUGUCCACGAUCUCACUUUUCAGGGUUUGAACUAUAUGCAUACGACUUGGAAUCAACCAUCAACAAAUCUCGGCUUCGUUGAUCAGCAAACCGGAGGCUAUCUUGGCGAGGAUUCUGUCUACCAAGAAUGGAUUGGUGGAUUUCCAUACUGGCAUCAAGUUCCAGCGUCUGUACAGGCUAGCGCUGUCACCAACGUCAACUUUCUGAACGGAAGUAUGGUCGCAAUUGCGAACGGUCUGGGUGUCGGGAAUGACCCCAGCGGAUGCGCUUUUCCUGGUAUUGGUCUUGGAGCAUCCAACGUCACAAUAGCUGGAAUGCUGUUCACGCAGGUCGGUAACCAGCCCGUCACUGUGGGAGGCGUUCAGGCAAAUGCUCACCAUCCCGUCAACCCUUUGAUGACCAAUCAACGCCUCACUAUCACUGAAAAUAUCAUCUUCGAUAUCGGACAAACACACUCUGGUGCAGCAGCUAUCGUGUCAACGUAUGUGACUGGCGCCGUCAUUACCCACAACGACAUCCGCGACGUUCCCUAUAUUGGCAUUUCCUAUGGGUGGGGCUGGGGUUCAAACGAUGCCGGAGGCAAUCCUGAGUACACCGAACGGGGCUUAUACAAUUAUCAGCCGAUUUACAAAACUCCCACCACUUUGAAAGAUGGCCUGGUGGCAAAGAAUCUGAUUUCUGACUUCGGUACCCUUCAUACCGAUCUUGCUGCCAUUUACACGCUGUCCAAGAGUCCAUCCACCUACACGACCCAGAACUGUGUGGGGUAUGGUAAUGGCUUUCCUGGCCUCUAUCACGACGAGGGUUCUAGAAACUACGUAGACUUCAACCAAACAUUAGUUACCGGCAACCGAUGGCUGUUCCGCAACGAGUACGUUCCAAUGACGACGGGGAAUCUCACGAUCCACGACCUAUAUGUUCAAGGAAACCCGGAGCUCGGAACCAAUAGUUAUGGAGACAAUAUCUACAACGUCACUCAGUUUAGUAAUGUGGCCGACCUGCCCCAACAAUUCAAAGAUAUUUGCGCCAAUGCCGGCAUUCCACCGGGUCAGCGUGCGGGUCGACCUGUUCAGCAACCCCCUAUUAGCUAA